UUUAAUGGCACAGCUCUUUGCUCUGAAGAAGGAUUCAAAAUGAUGAAUGAAGAUGCAGCUCAGAAGAGUGAUGGUGGGGAGAAGUAUAAUGGAAGUAAUCAGAGGAAGAAAAGACCCAAGAAGUCGGAUAGCAAUGCAAGCUUCCUUCGAGCUGCCAGAGCUGGCAAUCUGGACAAAGUAGUGGAAUAUCUAAAAGGAGGAAUAGAUAUCAAUACAUGCAAUCAGAAUGGACUUAAUGCCUUACACCUGGCUGCCAAAGAAGGCCAUGUAGGUUUGGUUCAGGAAUUGCUGGAAAGAGGAUCUGCAGUGGAUUCUGCAACAAAGAAGGGAAAUACUGCACUACAUAUUGCUUCCUUGGCGGGACAGGCUGAAGUGGUCAAAGUUCUAGUUAAGGAAGGAGCUAAUAUUAAUGCACAGUCUCAGAAUGGCUUCACACCUCUCUACAUGGCAGCGCAGGAGAACCAUAUCGAUGUAGUAAAAUAUCUUUUGGAAAAUGGAGCCAAUCAGAGCACUGCUACUGAGGAUGGGUUCACUCCACUAGCAGUUGCAUUGCAGCAAGGACACAAUCAGGCAGUGGCUAUUCUUUUGGAGAAUGACACUAAGGGGAAAGUGCGACUGCCGGCACUGCAUAUUGCUGCCAGAAAAGAUGACACCAAAUCAGCAGCGCUUCUUCUCCAGAAUGAUCAUAAUGCAGAUGUUCAGUCUAAGAGUGGCUUCACACCUUUGCACAUAGCAGCACAUUAUGGAAAUGUUAAUGUAGCGACACUUCUACUCAACCGAGGAGCUGUUGUAGACUUCACAGCAAGGAAUGGAAUCACCCCACUGCAUGUGGCUUCCAAAAGGGGGAACACUAACAUGGUGAAGCUCUUGUUGGAUCGUGGAGGGCAGAUCGAUGCCAAAACCAGGGAUGGGCUGACGCCACUGCAUUGUGCUGCACGAAGUGGACAUGACCAAGUCGUGGAGCUUCUCCUGGAACGAGGUGCCCCACUGCUUGCCAGGACCAAGAAUGGACUGUCUCCACUUCAUAUGGCUGCCCAGGGUGACCAUGUGGAGUGUGUCAAACACCUACUGCAGCACAAAGCUCCUGUUGAUGAUGUUACAUUGGAUUACCUGACUGCCCUCCAUGUUGCUGCACACUGUGGUCACUAUCGUGUCACCAAGCUUCUGCUGGAUAAGAGAGCAAAUCCAAAUGCCCGUGCUUUGAAUGGUUUUACUCCACUGCACAUUGCUUGCAAGAAAAAUCGCAUUAAAGUAAUGGAACUGCUGGUGAAAUAUGGGGCUUCAAUCCAAGCUAUAACAGAGUCGGGCCUGACACCAAUUCAUGUAGCUGCAUUUAUGGGGCAUUUGAACAUAGUUCUUCUACUACUGCAAAAUGGGGCUUCUCCAGAUGUCACUAACAUUCGUGGGGAGACUGCUUUACACAUGGCGGCUCGUGCAGGACAAGUGGAAGUGGUGCGCUGUCUCCUGAGGAAUGGUGCUUUGGUUGAUGCACGAGCCAGGGAGGAACAGACACCACUGCAUAUAGCUUCUCGCUUGGGUAAGACAGAAAUUGUGCAGCUACUUCUGCAACACAUGGCACACCCAGAUGCUGCAACAACCAAUGGGUAUACACCACUACACAUCUCUGCCCGAGAAGGCCAAGUUGAUGUAGCAUCAGUUCUACUGGAGGCAGGUGCAGCACAUUCUUUGGCUACCAAGAAGGGAUUCACGCCACUACAUGUGGCAGCCAAGUAUGGAAGCCUUGAUGUGGCAAAGCUCCUCUUGCAGCGUCGUGCACCUGCUGAUUCCGCUGGGAAGAAUGGGUAUACUCCUCUACACAUUGCUGCUAAGAAGAAUCAGAUGCAGAUAGCCACGACCCUGCUGAAUUAUGGAGCAGAGACCAAUAUUUUGACCAAACAAGGAGUGACUCCACUUCACUUGGCCUCUCAAGAAGGUCAUGCUGACAUGGUGAACUUACUUCUGGAGAAGGGAGCCAAUAUUCAUGUGGCCACAAAGAGCGGACUGACAUCUUUACAUUUAGCAGCUCAAGAAGAUAAAGUAAAUGUAGCUGAUAUGCUGAUAAAGCAUGGAGCAAACAAAGAUGCUCAGACUAAGCUGGGUUACACUCCACUAAUUGUGGCUUGUCACUAUGGAAACAUCAAGAUGGUGAACUUCCUUCUGAAGCAAGGAGCUAAUGUCAAUGCUAAGACAAAGAAUGGAUACACUCCUCUGCACCAAGCUGCCCAGCAAGGUCACACUCACAUCAUCAAUGUUCUUCUUCAACAUGGGGCCAAACCAAAUGCAAUCACUGCGAAUGGCAACACUGCCUUAGCGAUUGCUAAGCGUCUGGGAUACAUCUCAGUGGUAGAUACAUUAAAGGUUGUAACAGAGGAAGUAAUCACCACUACAACUACUGUCACCGAAAAGCACAAGCUCAAUGUACCUGAGACUAUGACUGAAAUUUUGGAUGUUUCUGAUGAGGAAGGUGAUGACACAAUGACAGGAGAUGGGGGAGAAUAUCUGAGACCUGAAGAUUUGAAGGAACUAGGUGACGAUUCCUUACCUAGUAGCCAGUUCUUAGAUGGCAUGAACUAUCUCAGAUACAGCCUGGAAGGAGGCCACUCUGACAGCCUGCGAUCCUUCAGUUCAGACAGGUCCCGUACACUGAGCCAUACCUCGUACUUGAGGGACAGCACUAUGAUUGAUGACACCGUCAUUAUCCCAAGUCACCAGAUAGCUGCAUUAACUAAAGAAGGUGAAAGAAAUUCAUAUCGUUUAAGUUGGAGUCCUGAUAAUUUAGACAACAUAACUCUUUCUGCUAGCCCUAUUCAUUCUGGUUUUCUGGUCAGUUUUAUGGUUGAUGCUCGAGGUGGUGCUAUGCGGGGUUGCAGACACAAUGGGCUUCGAAUCAUUAUUCCACCUCGAAAAUGCACUGCUCCAACUCGAGUUACUUGCCGGUUGGUCAAACGCCAUAGACUCGCCACAAUGCCUCCAAUGGGGGAAGGAGAUGGUCUUGCUAGUCGCCUUAUUGAGGUUGGGCCUUCUGGCGCUCAAUUUCUUGGGCCUGUGAUUGUUGAAAUCCCUCACUUUGCGGCAUUACGUGGUAAAGAAAGAGAGCUGGUGAUUUUGCGCAGUGAGAAUGGGGACAACUGGAAAGAACAUUUCUGUGAAUUUACAGAAGAUGAGUUGAAUGAAAUACUAAAUGGAAUGGAUGAAGUGCUCGACACCCCGGAAGAGCUGGAAAAGAAGCGUAUUUGCCGUAUUAUCACCCGAGAUUUCCCACAGUACUUUGCAGUGGUUUCUCGGAUUAAACAAGACAGUAAUCUCAUUGGACCUGAGGGUGGUGUACUAAGCAGUACUGUAGUACCACAAGUGCAAGCAGUCUUUCCAGAGGGAGCAUUAACUAAGAGAAUUCGUGUUGGUCUUCAGGCCCAACCUAUGCACAGUGAACUUAUAAAGAAAAUUUUAGGCAACAAAGCCACAUUCAGCCCUAUUGUCACACUGGAACCUAGGCGAAGAAAAUUCCAUAAGCCAAUAACUAUGACCAUUCCUGUUCCCAAAGCUUCCAGUGAUAUGAUGAUAAAUGGUUAUGGAGGUGAAACUCCUACUCUAAGACUACUAUGCAGCAUAACAGGUGGAACAACACCUGCUCAGUGGGAAGACAUAACAGGAACAACACCAUUAACAUAUGUAAAUGAAUGUGUUUCCUUCACCACAAACGUAUCUGCCAGAUUUUGGUUGAUAGAUUGUCGACAGAUACAAGAAUCUGUAGCAUUUGCUUCCCAAGUCUAUAGAGAAAUUAUAUGUGUACCUUACAUGGCCAAAUUCGUAGUGUUUGCCAAAUCUCAUGAUCCCAUAGAAGCCCGACUAAGAUGUUUCUGCAUGACCGAUGAUAAAGUGGAUAAAACACUAGAACAACAAGAAAACUUUGCUGAAGUUGCUCGAAGCAGGGAUGUAGAGGUAUUAGAAGGAAAACCUAUAUUUGUGGACUGCUUUGGGAAUUUAAUACCAUUAACAAAGAGUGGCCAACAUCACAUAUUCAGUUUUUAUGCUUUCAAAGAAAAUAGACUUCCAUUAUUUGUCAAGGUUCGGGAUACAACACAAGAAUCUUGUGGACGUCUGUCAUUUAUGAAAGAGCCUAAAUCUUCAAGAGGUCUGGUACAUCAAGCUAUCUGCAAUCUGAAUAUCACAUUACCAGUGUACACAAAGGAAUCAGAAUCAGAUCAAGAACAGGAAGAAGAGACUGACAUGACAUCAGAAAAACAACAACAAGAUGAUCAGGAAAGACUAGAAGAAAGAUUAGCACAUAUUGCUGAUCAUCUUGGAUUCAGCUGGACAGAGCUAGCAAGAGAAUUGGAUUUCACUGAAGAACAAAUUCAUCAAAUUCGGAUUGAGAAUCCUAAUUCCCUUCAGGAUCAGAGUCAUGCAUUACUGAAAUAUUGGCUGGAAAGAGAUGGAAAGCAUGCUACUGAUUCAGGUCUUACAGAGUGUCUUAAAAAAAUAAAUCGAAUGGAUAUUGUUCACCUAAUGGAAAGUAGUAUGGAAAAGUCCAGAGAUCAUGGUCGCACCUAUGCAGAAAUUGAACAGACAAUAGUACUGGAUCAUAGUGAAGGUUUCUCUGCACUUCAUGAAGAUCUAUGCAGCACAAAAGAUAAAAAAGAGGAAGAAUAUUCAUUUUCUAAAGACAGUGAGCAAUCAGAUCAUCCUCCUCUUGUUUCAGAAGAAGACCUUUCUCUCAGUUGCUCACCCUUGCAUGAAGGCACAUCAAAAGCUGAGGCAGAAGUAUCUGUGGUAGAACUACUACACCAAAUACAGAAAGAUCAUGUGAAAGCUGAAUUCUCAGGGAAGCCUCAUGAGCUAACAGAAGAUUCACCUACUACACAAGAGUAUGUUAUCGCAACUUCUGGAGCAGAUUUGACACAAGUGCCCCAAAGUGUGAAAACAACCAGCAUUGCCAGUGACAAGCCUGAGGAUUCCACCGCAGGAUGUGAAGAUCUUGAAAAGCCACCACUGCAUACUCCAACAUCUAGUGACCGAACUGAUUCUCCCAUUGUGGAAGAACCUGAAGACCAUUACUUUCAGCAAGAAGAUAUGCAUCCAAGGAAAACCAGUCUGGUGAUUGUUGAAUCCACUGAUGAACAGCCUGAAGAAUUAGAAAGACAUGAAGAAGAAUUGUUAGAAAAAGCUGAUGAUGUGCCUGAAAUACCCCCGGAAGCUGUAACGGAGGAACAGUAUGUGGAUGAACAUGGCCAUAUUGUGGUGAAGAAGGUCACUAGAAAAAUCAUCAGGCGAUUCGUUUUACCAGAUGGAACAGAAAAAGAAGAAGUUGUGAUGCAGGGAGAACCCCAAGAUCCUGUGACAGUGGAAGAGGGAGACCGUUACUCCAAAGUCAUAAAGCGGGUGAUGUUGAAAAGUGAAAGUGAACAAUCAGAGGUGACCUUUUCUGAGCCAAGCAUAUUACCAAGUGCCUCAGAAUUCCAGACUGAACCAGUAGAAGGCCGCAAGGUCAGCAAAGUUAUAAAAACUACCUUAGUGCAUGGGGAGAGAAUGGAAAAACAUCAUGGAGAUUCUAGUUUAGCAGUGAAUCUUCCAUCAGCCAAAGAUGACUUCGAAGAGGACAACAAUGAGUAAAGCUAGUACACAGAAGAGGACUGUGGUUAAGGACCAGUAUGGAAACCGGAUUCAUGUGGAGCUGCUGGAGGACACACCAGAAGCCCUACCCCAGGAUGAUCUUCAGCAUGACCUUCAACAAUUAUUAAGGCAUUUCUGCAAAGAUGAGCAGAAGAAAGAGGCCAAAUGAGAUGCUGCUAAAUCUCACCCUUAGACCACCACACAUAUCCAUUAACUGUCCAGCUUUCUUUUAUCAUAGGUGUUAUUAUUUAACCUAAUCAUCAGGGAACACAGCUGUUUCUACUUUGAGCAUAUAGAGCAGGUUUUCCAUUUCAUUUUCUUUGUUUCUAAAUAUCUGUAAGCUAAUUUGUGACCAAAGAUCACA